AUUAUUAUUGUUGUUCACGUCUUCACGUGUUUUAACAAUCCGCUUUGAUCACCAUCAGCUCUGAAUGGAGGAUCCAAAAUUGGAUUUCACUGGUGACAACCCAGGGGCAGUGCGGCAUGGAAACUUCAUUAAUUACUACCAAUUUCAUCCAGCUUCUGAGCGGAUCCAAAAACUGCCUCUAGAUAUCUGGACUCACCCUUCAAGUGAUAAAAUUGUAUGCCUCGAUGUCGGCUGUAACACAGGGGAGCUAACCGUGGAACUUCUGAGGUUUUUGCAAGCAAAUCUAAGGACUGCCAAUGAGAAAAUACCGAAAAUUCACAUGGUAGGAGUAGACCUUGAUCCUGUUUUAAUCAGCAGGGCUAACGAGCAAUUCACUGCCGUAGAAAGUAUAGAAUUUAAGACACUUGAUGUAAUGAAAGAGGAUUCCUUGAGCCACCUUGAGUCUGUGGCUGCCAAGCAUGGGUGCGCAAGAUUCGCAGCUGUGUUUUUGAUGUCUGUAACAAUGUGGGUUCAUUUGACUCACGGCGACAAAGCGUUUCAUUUGUUCCUCAAGAACACUGCUAACCUAGCUGAAAAGUGGGUAAUAAUUGAGUCGCAACCGUGGAAAUGUUACCGAAACGCGCAGCGACGCCUGAUAUCUUCCGGAGCAAGGGGAUUUGAAUUGUAUUCAAAACUGACUGUCAAAGGAGUUCAAAUUCCGAAAUUUGUGGAAAAAGUACUGUGCGAUGAGUGUGGCAUGAAGAAAAUCUUUGAAACCGAUCCGACAAAGUGGAAUAGAACUAUUUGCAUUUACGAGAAAUAUUAA